AUGGCCAUGGGGUUGUAUCUUCUAUUGCUGAGCUUCUCUCUCCUUCCACCUGUCUUCUCAACAUACCACAUCACCCUCACUAAAUCCUACGGUCUCGCAAUUACGGAUGGAAAUCGUACUAUCGUUAAUAAUUCAGUCAUCUUAGCUGGGAGUCAAAAUACAACAGCCAGCGCACUCAGAAAUAAUACACAACAACUUUCCUACAGCUUCAUCACUCCCACUGUAGCAAAGGUCCAGCUCAACACUACAUACCCUUUCCUUGGUGCGCGAUUUACUACAGCCACUUCCUCGCACUUCUAUGGCGUAUGGGAAUAUCCAUUUUCCGCGCAAAUCACGAACAAAAAUGUUUCAUUUGACUUAAAAGGGGUGGGCAAUGCAGAAGGGAUAAACUGGUCAAAUGCACGCGCUCCAUUUUUCAUCACCAGCGCAGGCUACGGGGUAUAUGCGGACACGCUAGGAAUGGGAUCAUAUGAUUUCAAGACGCCAGGGGAAGCGCAGUUCAUUUUCAAUACCAGCAAUCUGUCCUACUAUAUAAUUCUCCCGAAGAGCGAGGGGGACUAUAAAAGUAUCAUCGAGCAGUACACGGCACUGAGCGCCAGGCCUGGAAUGCCACCAACAUCCGGUCUUGGCCCGACUUUCUGGUCUGAUGACUUCGAGCAAGACUUCCAUGGUACCGUUUCUAACGCCCAGGAAAACUUUUACGACGUAGUAAACCAUCUAUAUUACAACCAGAUCCGCGCAACAUCUAUGUUUGCAGACCGUCCUUAUGGCACCGGAAACCGCUCCUUUGGAAACUUCGACUUCGACCCGAAGUUUUAUCCAGAUCCAGAGGGCUUCAUCGCGAAUCUAAGUGACUGGGGAUUCGACUUCCAGGUCUGGAUCGCAAACCGCGCAUUCUUCAAAACCGAGCUCUUCAACACCUCACAGACAAACAACUGGCUGUUCCCCGGCGUCGACCCCGUUCAAUUCCUCGGUCCGGCACUCAAUCUCAGCAUCCCUGCUGCUUACGAUUACUUCAAGAAGAGCUUGGAGUAUUUCCCUAGCGUAGGAGUGAAGGGAUAUAAAAUUGAUAGAGGUGAAGAAGAAGAAAUGCCCGUUUGGGAACAAAACUUCCAGAUGACACUCUUCCUCCAACUCGCCUACGACACCAUGAUCAAGCGUUGGGGGAAGAGUAACUUCUACAAUUUUGCUCGUAGCGCUGUAGAUCGUUCGCGUGCUCGCACCGCGAUUUGGAAUGGAGACUCGCAUGCGAAUUUCACAGGCCUUGCUUAUUCGGUUGCUUCCGGGAUCCGCUCUGGUAUCAUUUCAUUUCCAAUAUGGGGCUCUGAUACAGGAGGUUAUACUAGAGAGACGGGAAGCACCCAGAGCCCGACCGAGGAGGUUUGGGCAAGAUGGAUGUGGUUUUCUGCAUUCUCGCCCGUGUACGAAUUUAUGCUAGGAACAAACCACACACCUUGGUACUCACCUUACACCAACUCGACCCAAACAGUCGACGUCCUUAAGCAAACAGCAAAUCUACAUUCUGAACUGAUUCCGUACAUCAAGAGCUAUGCAUACGCAGCCAGCAAAUCGGGCGCGCCAAUAAUGCGCGCGUUAUUCCUAGAAGCCCCGCAGGACAAAAAUACCUGGGAGAUUAACGACCAGUAUUUCUUCGGUGCAGAAUUCCUAGUCGCCCCCAUUGUUUCGUCUGGCGGCACACGAACUGUGUAUUUCCCGGCCGGCGGGUCGAAGAAAUAUCUUGAAUACUUUGGCAAAAAGGAUAUCCACGCAGUAGGUGAUACAGCCCGUGUCACGCUCAGCGUUUCCUCGUCUCCGGUGUAUGUGACCCAGGGUGCGAUUAUCCCUCGCGGAGACGUGUAUCAAGGAAAUGCGAGGUGGAUCGAUAAUUGGAGUCCGAAGUUAACGGUGGAGGUGUUUCCCAGUUUUGAGGUUAAGGAGUCGAGAUUUACAUAUUUCAAGGGAGAGGGUGCAGAUGGGGAGGGUGUGGAGAUCAAGAUGACGACCAAUACCUCCGGGAAAAGUCUGAAGGUAACAUAUGGGGACUUAGGUGCAACAGGAACUGUGAGGGUAUAUCUUAAGAGCGGAGUAAAAGACGUGGAAUUGCAGGAGGGAGGAGGGGAGGCAAAGCUUGAUGGGGUUGAAUGCCUGUUCUAGCUGCAUCACCCUUUUGCUUGCCGUAACUCGUUCAAAAUCUGUAUCCCAACACCUCAGAGAAUGGAUCUUAAUCGAAGGACAUG